CUCUCCUCCAGUCCUCCUUACCAAGGUCGAACUGCUCAACCUGUAGGCCCGACCAAGCUAAAGGUUCGAGACGAAAAUUGUCGGCUAUAAUGGAGGGAAAAUGAACGAUUGAAGUUUCGAUUCUCGAAAAAUGGAAAAUCAACUGUGCUUCGAGUGCUUGCAACGUCAUAUCCUGACUGAUUUCUCAGAUAAAUUGAUCUUUUGUUAUGGGUUAUCGGAUUCAGCUCUCCCCUUAGGCUCCAGGGCUGUUAUUCAGCUGCCGAAUUCCAAUGGGGAGAUUCCGGCUCAGUUUGAAUUGGUGUGCGUGCCAAGACAUGAAGACGAGUGUUUCACAAGAUAUGUUGAUGAGUAUUCUUUGGAAAACUUGGAGGCCAGUAUCAUAUUUGGGUUAAGUGAUAUUGCUUCAGCUAAUGUUGGUCAAGAUCCAGAAAAUGUCAAUGAUGGAGCUGUUGGCAGCAAAACUGUUACAUUACAUUCUGUCGGGAACAUGUCUGAAUGUUCGCUGAACUUUGCCAGAAGAGAUGCCCUGGCUGGAGAACAGUCCAAUGGUUCUGGCAGUAGCUAUUUAGGAAGAUUUUCAUGCUUAAGGACAAUUACUGCACUGGCCCCCAUUGCUCAUGUUGGUUUGGGUUCAUACUCUAUGAUCGAAGACCUUGCUUGCAAUUUCUUAUCUGGAUCAGUAGAAGGUCACAUUCUGUCCUCACUCAUUCUCUUUAUAGAAGGAAAACCAACAGGACGAGAUGGUGUAAAUUUUCUUAGUUUAGUGGGGUUACCAUCAUUUGAUGAGAACAAUAUUCCAGGUUGUGUUAGGCAUCCUAAUAUUACUCCUGUUCUAGGGAUGCUAAAAACACCCGGUUAUGUAAAUUUGUUGCUUCCAAAAAGUCCUUAUACCUUGGAAAACAUUCUGCAUUAUUGCCCUGAUGUGUUAAGGACUGAGUGGCACAUUAGGUUUUUAAUCUACCAAAUUCUCUCUGCCCUAGCUUACAUUCAUGGCUUAGGGGUUGCUCAUGGUGAUAUUUGCCCUUCCAGUGUGAUGUUGUCCAAUUCAUGCUGGUCUUGGCUGAGCAUGUGCGAUAAGCCCCUGUUAAGAGGUAAAUUAAGCUCAGGGAAGUGGAACAUGGAAAUGUCCUGUCUUAAUUAUUCCUCAAGCAUGAGUAGCUGUACCAAGAAUUGUGCCUGUCAGGCUCUUUACGCUGAUUUGAAGCUUUCCCCCACUAUAGAUUGGUUCUCAGAUUGUUUCAAGCGGUGGUGGCAGGGUGAUUUAAGUAACUACGAGUACCUCCUUGUCUUGAACAGAUUAGCUGGGAGACGUUGGGGUGACCAUACAUUCCACACAGUAAUGCCAUGGGUAAUAGAUUUUAGUGUGAAGCCUGAUGAGAAUACUGAUGCUGGUUGGCGGGAUUUGUGCAAGAGCAAGUGGCGGUUGGCAAAAGGCGAUGAACAGUUGGAUUUCACAUAUUCAACAUCUGAAAUCCCACAUCAUGUCUCCGACGAAUGCCUUUCAGAAUUAGCUGUCUGCAGUUACAAAGCCAGGAGGUUGCCUUUAAGUGUAUUGCGCAUGGCUGUUCGUUCAGUCUAUGAGCCUAAUGAGUAUCCUUCUAAUAUGCAAAGAGUUUAUCAGUGGACCCCUGAUGAGUGCAUCCCAGAAUUCUAUAGUGACCCCCGAAUUUUCACUUCCCUUCAUUCAGGUAUGAGCGAUCUUGCAGUACCUUCCUGGGCAAAUAGUCCCGAAGACUUUAUCAAAUUGCAUCGAGAUGCUUUAGAAAGCAACCGGGUUUCACGGGAAAUUCAUCACUGGAUUGAUAUCACUUUUGGCUAUAAGAUGUCAGGCCAAGCAGCUCUUGCUGCAAAGAAUGUUAUGCUGACCGCAAUAGAACCUACAUUGCCAAGGUCAAUGGGACGUCGACAGCUUUUUACUCGAUCACAUCCUAGACGUCGAGCAGCUCUGGAACCGUGUGAUGUCUCUGAACAACAGGCAUUGUUAAAAUGUCAAACAAAUGGAACAGACAAAUCUAUCCUUUCAACAACUGCUUAUUUGCAAGAAUUAGAAGAAGCAACUUCAUUUUGUGAACAUGCUUGGCAUUUGAGUCCACAUUAUCAUUACCAUCAAAGAGAUCUCGUGAAGAAUGUCUCUUCUGUUAAAGAGUCACAGUGUGAGAAUUCCAGAACUGAGAUGCUUGGAACAGUCAGAAUCACUGGUGAUUACAUGGAGUCACUCAAUAUUGAUAUAAACAGUCUUCUUGAAUAUUUUGAGUCAGAUGAUGGAGAUUCCAUGGGGUUUCAGGAGUUGUUGCUUUGGAAGCACAAAUUAUCUUCUAUGGGCCGCUGUUCCCUAGAUGUUGCAGAUGACAUUUUUUCUGUUGGCUGCAUCCUUGCAGAACUUUACUUAAAGAGGCCUCUUUUCAGUUCAUCCUCAUUAGCUGCGUAUGUUGAGAGUGGUAUUUUGCCACAAUUGAUGCAGGAACUUCCUCCUCAUGCUGCUGUACUAGUUGAAGCAUGUAUCCAGAGGGAUUGGCAAUGGAGGCCAUCAGCUAAAUGUCUUCUGCAAUCGCCAUAUUUUCCUUCGACGGUCAGAUCCUCGUAUUUGUUUCUUGCCCCACUUCAUCUCUUGGCUAAAGAUGAGUACUGUCUUCAAUAUGCUGCAAAUUUUGCAAGACAAGGAGCCUUGAAGGCUAUGGGGUCAUUUGCUGCUGAAAUGUGUGCUCCCUACUGCCUAUCACAUGUCUUACCUUCUUUAUCGGAUACUGAAGCUGAGUGGGCGUUUUCCUUACUGAAAGAAUUUUUGCAGUGCUUGAAACCUCAAGCUGUAAAGACAUUGAUUGUCCCCGCCAUCCAAAAGAUUCUUCAGGCUACAGAUUAUUCACAUUUGAAGGUUUCUUUCCUCCAAGACUCAUUUGUGAGGGAGCUAUGGAAACGAAUUGGUAAACAAACAUAUUUGGAGACAAUACACCCAUUAGUCAUCUCAAAUCUGUGCAUUUCACCUCAUAAGAAUUCUGCUUCAGCUGCCUCUGUGUUGCUUAUUGGCUCUAGCGAGGAGCUUGGCGUACCUGUUACAGUUCAUCAGACAAUCUUGCCUCUAAUUCACUGUUUUGGGAAAGGACUCUGUCCUGACGGAAUUGAUGUCCUGGUUAGAAUUGGUGGACUUUUCGGCGAGAAUUUUGUUGUCAAGCAACUUCUACCAUUACUGAGGAAUGUUAUUUUGUCUUGUGUUGAUGUUUCAAAUGUGGAUAAGCCUGAGCCCAUGCAAAGCUGGAACACUUUAGCCCUUAUUGAUAGUCUUGUGACACUAGAUGGUCUGGUUGCGCUUUUGCCAAGGGACGUGAUCAUCAAGGAGCUGAUUCAAGACAAAAGUUGUCUCCAUGUUAAGGUUCUUAUGCAGACCCAUUUGGACCUUCCAGUGCUUCAGGUUGCAGCUACUGCUCUUGUUGCAGUUUGUCAGAGGAUUGGACCAGAUCUCACUGCAUUACAUGUCCUGCCACAACUCAAAGAGCUAUUUGAUGAACUUGCUUUUUCUCAGGAAAGAGCCUAUGGGUCCAGUUCUGUUGGCAGAAGCUUAAAAGUUUCUAGGCCAAAGCAAAAUGAGGAUGCUCAGAUCGAAAGCCGCAUGGACCUUGUGCUGCUUUUAUAUCCUCCGUUCGCUUCCCUUCUUGGAAUAGAGAAACUUCGUCAGUGCUGUGCCACAUGGUUGCUUCUAGAACAAUUCCUUCAACGGUCUCAUAACUGGAAGACUGUUGUGGUUCAGUGGGAAUAUAUAGGUGAAACAUCCAGAAGUAGUUCAGAAUAUGUAAAUGCUCAAAGGCCUGUAUUCCGCAAUAUCUCAACAUCUGAGUACAAUCCAGCUAAACUGUUGCUCAAUGGUGUCGGGUGGUCAAUACCACAAUCACAAGGUGUUCGAGGUUCCAAGAACUUGUUUUCUUAUAAACAGUCAGAUGAUCUUCAAAAGACUCCAGAUAUGAGGCAAUCAGCAGCAUUGAAUCUUGGCAAGCGUGAACCUUGGUUUUGGUUCCCUAGCCCUGCUGCUAGUUGGAAUGGGCCUGAUUUUCUUGGUCGUAUUGGAGGCCUAAAAGAUGAACUUCCAUGGAAGAUCAGAGCAUCAAUUAUUUAUUCUGUCCGUGCCCAUCCUGGAGCAUUGAGAUCUUUGGCUGUUACCAAUGAUGAGUACACUGUUUUCACCGGCGGAGUUGGUCCAGGAUUCAAGGGGACUGUUCAGAAGUGGGAAUUGUCAAGAAUGGAUCGUGUUUCUGGUUAUUAUGGCCAUGAGGAGGUUGUAAAUGACAUUUGCAUCCUGUCUUCAAGUGGAAGGGUGGCUUCUUGUGAUGGAACAAUACAUGUCUGGAAUAGCCAAACAGGGAAGUUGAUAUCAGCUUAUGCUGAACCAUCAGCAAAUUCCUCACAUCUUGUGGGAUCGAGGAUUGGUGCUGAUCAGGCCAACAUGCUUAACUCCAAUACAUUAUCUGGUGGAAUAUUGACCAGUGCAUUUGGUGGGAGCUUGUACACCUGCAUGCAUUAUUUAGAAUCUGUUGAUAAGCUUGUUGCUGGUACUGGAAAUGGUUCGUUAAGAUUCAUUGAUGUUGCUCGAGAUCAGAAACUUCACCUGUGGAAGAGUGAAUCAGUUGAAUCCUCUUUUUCUUCUCUAGUAUCUGCCAUUUCCUCAUGUGGUUCUGACAAAAUACAAGAUAGAACUCCUGCUUCAACAUCAUGGAUUGCAGCUGGACUAAGUUCUGGUCAUUGCAGGCUGUUGGAUGCAAGGAGUGGAAGCGUUGUUGCUUUUUGGCAGGCUCAUGAUGGAUAUAUCACUAAAUUGUCUGCACCGGAGGACCAUUUGCUUGUUUCCAGCUCUCUUGAUAAAACUUUGCGAGUUUGGGACCUGAGAAGGAACUGGCCAUCUCAGUCAAACGUCUACAACGGUCAUUCAGAUGGUGUAUCUGGCUUCUGUGUAUGGGGCCAGGAUGUGAUUUCAAUUGCCAGAAAUAAGAUUGGUCUUUUCUCUUUAUCAAGAUGUGGAGAUGAACAGGGUGGGCAGCAACGCAUUCUGUCCCAGAAAUUGUACACAGCAGAUCGUGGGACAAGAAACCUUUCAGUAUUGUCAAGUAUAAAUAUUCUACCAUUCUCGCGAUUGUUCCUUGUCGGGACUGAAGAUGGUUAUCUUAAGAUCUGUUGCUAGAUCUCAUUUUAGUUUAGUUUAUUAUUGUUUUAUAGCCAUCCAUGUUUUUUGUUAUUGAUCCAUUAUGCAUAUGCAGUCACCCCAAAUAACCCUGCGGCCCGAGAGAGAGAUCCAGUGCGUAUAUGCUUGUCUGGACUCCCUCAAUUGAAAUAAUUGCUUGGUUCAUUGCUUGUUUUCA